ACAGCGUGGAGGAGGAAGUAAACAUGGCGCGGGAGAACAACAUGGCGGUCCCUGAGUUCCUCAGGGAAGCAGAGUUGUUGAAGCAAGGGGCAGAAGCCCGGGUAUACCGGGCCGAGUUUCUGGGAACGCCAACCAUAGUGAAGGAAAGGUUCCCUAAACGCUACAGACACCCAGCCUUAGACGAAAAGCUGACACACCGCAGGACCGUGCAGGAGGUCCGCGCCAUAUUACGGUGUCGGAGAGCAGGAAUAUCUGCCCCUGUAGUCUACUUUGUGGACUAUACCUGCCACUGUAUCUUCCUGGAGGAAAUUGUGGGUUCCUCAACUGUGCGUGACUAUAUUGCAUCUGCUCAACAGUCUGACUCCUGCAAGGAGCUGAAGUUGCAGAGGCUAGCCGAGCGCGUGGGGCAGGUCCUGGCUAAAAUGCACGAUGAAGAUGUCAUCCAUGGAGACCUGACCACCUCCAACAUGCUGCUGAGACCCAGCCCAGAGGGAGGAGAAUCCGACCUGGUCCUCAUAGAUUUUGGUCUGAGUUACAUCUCUGCUCUGCCCGAGGAUAAGGGUGUGGACUUGUAUGUGCUGGAGAAAGCCUUCCUCAGUACCCACCCCAACACAGAGGAACUGUUUGAGAAGCUGCUGAAAAGCUACACGACGUCAUCCAAGAAGUCAUCAGCUGUCAUUAAAAAGCUUGACGAGGUUCGGUUGAGGGGAAGGAAGAGGUCAAUGGUGGGGUGAAGAUACUCCCCAUGUGUGUACAGGGGCAAACUUGUGGAAUUUCAUAACGCUGAAAUUAAGACACUGUUGUGCACAGUCUGUAAAUUAACAUUAUACAAAAAUUGUAAUUGAAUAUUACACUAUUUUCUAAUAAAUGGU